UUGUCUUUUUAGCAAGACAAAUGCAGUAGCAUCAGUAGCGAUUUUAAAAAAUUUCUCAACAAAAUUUUGAAUUAAUUUAAUUUAAUUAAAUCACAAAUAAAAUAUGGUGUAUAAAUUUUUGAAAAUUGUUUUUUAUCAUUAAUAUUAUCAUCGAAUUUCAACGUGAUCUGUACCGAUCAAACAGGAAUACUCCUGUAAUAAUAAGGAACUGACUCGUCACUCUAUCUCUAUCUUCAUCUAUUUCUAAACUUGCAAGUUGUGUUCUUUCUGUCAGGCUUAUAUUUUUUUUGUAUAUUUCCAGUAAUACUUGUGAAUUCCCGUUGUUAUAAAAACAAUUGUUAUAAAUUAUUCAUAAAUAUAUAGUAAUAGUAAUAAUUCAAUUUAAAAAGAUGUGUGUAACUUUAAUUUACGUCUUAAUCGUGAGUAUUUUAAAAUCUACCGGUGCAGAAUGGAAUACAAAGGAUUAUAUGAAACGAGAACAUUCUUUAAUACGCCCUUAUCAAGGUUCUGGUAUGACAAUUCCUUAUUGGGAUUUUAUGGGUAGUACAAUGGUUACAAAUAACUAUGUAAGGUUGACACCAGAUUUACAAAGUAAACAAGGAGCAAUAUGGAACUCUGUUGCUUGUUUUGUCAGAAACUGGGAACUCCAAGUACAUUUUAAGGUACAUGGAAAAGAAAAGGACUUAUUUGGAGAUGGUUUUGCUAUUUGGUAUGCUAAACAACGUAUGAAACAUGGUCCUGUUUUUGGAAAUAUGGAUUAUUUUCAAGGGUUAGCAAUAAUACUCGAUACAUACAGCAAUCACAAUGGUCCUCACAAUCAUCAACAUCCUUAUGUUUCAGCUAUGGUAAAUAAUGGCUCUUUGCAUUAUGAUCAUGAUCGUGAUGGAACACAUACACAACUUGCAGGAUGUGAAGCAAAAUUCAGAAAUCUUGAUCAUGAUUCACAUAUAGCAAUAAGAUACGAAAAAGAUAUUUUAACUGUUUCCACGGAUAUAGCAAACAAAGCAGCUUGGAAAGAAUGUUUUUCUGUGAAAGGUAUUAAAUUACCUACAGGCUAUUACUUUGGUAUCUCUGCAACAACAGGAGAUCUAAGUGAUAACCAUGACAUUUUAUCGAUUCGUCUAUUCGAAUUAGAUUUACCAGAUGAUCCAAAAGAUCAUGAGGACAGAUCUACUAUUUUACCAUCUGCAGCUUUCUUUGAAUCCCCACGUGAACGUGUGGAUGAUCCAAAACAAACUCCUUUAAGUGGUAUAAAAAUGUUCCUCUUAAUGCUUGUGGGAGUAUUAGCAUUAAUCGCUUGUGUUGUGAUAGGGAUUAUGUUAUAUCAAAAACAUCAGGAAAAUAGUCGAAAGCGUUUUUACUGAUUUAUUCUAUGGAUGGUAAUUUACCAACCAAUUCAUUUUGGAUUCUUUUACUCAGGAUUUUUCCUGUACCAGGAAUAUUUGUAGUGUAAUAUUUAAAGUGUUCAUGAGACUGGUCGUGCUAAAAAUUGGUUUAAACACGAUUAAUAUAGUAUAAUUUCUUCUCAGAAAAAAGACUUUUAGACAAAAUAUCACAUAUAUGUCAAAACACGACAUAAAAAAGUGAAAUAAUUCAUAUAUGUAUAUGAUAUGUAAUAUCGUAAUUAUGAAUGUAUUAAGCUAUACAAUAAUUGUGCUGGACCGGACCUAAGUACUUUUAUUAUAUGUAAAGUAUUAAGAAGUUAAUCAGUGUAUAUAUAAGUUGAAUUUAAUAAUAUUAGAUAUAAAAUAUAAAUCAAGCAAGAAAAUAUAUAUAUAUAUUACUUAAACUGCCUGAAUAAAUAUAUAUGCUCGAAUAGUAAAAAAGUAGGAUGCUAGAAAAUGUAAAUUUUUGCUUAAUAAUAUAAGCAAUUGAUUGUUUAAAUUUCUAAGAGAUUCAUUUCUUUUAAUUUAAUUAUAACAAUAAACAAAUCUUAUAUUUCUGAAUUACAUAUUUGAGUAGAAUUGCACUGAUUGACUUUGAUAAUCUUCAUAUAUUACGAAAUUGUUUCGAUAUCAUUAUAAUAUUUUUAAAUACCUGUAAGAAUUUCAUCAGAUUAAGAGUUAAUUCAUUUUUGUCAUCACAGUAUAUCCUAAAAAAUUAUUACAAAUAUUAUUAGAAUACAAACUUUUUUCAAACAUAUGAAAUAUUCAUAUCCCAAAUUAUACUGCAUGGUAUUCUUGUAAUUCAUAUUAUUCUUGCAAAAUAAUAAGUGAAUCGCAUUAAGAUUGUAAUACAGAAUGAAUAAUUCAGUAUGGAUAAAUAAUGGCAAACGUC